CUCCGGCUGAACGGAUACUGCUUUUUUGUAUUUUGCGGAGAAGUAAAAGAAAAUUUUUUUAAGAAAUAAGGCAACUUAGCAAUUAAAAAUAAAAUGCGUGCUAGUGAACUUCUAUUAGUGAUCUCGGCGCUGAUUUGUGCGGCGCAUUGCGAAGUUUUCUUCGAGGAAAAGUUCUCGGAUGAUUCGUGGACCGACAAAUGGACCUACAGCGAACACCCGGGCAAGGAAUUCGGAAAAUUCGUUCGGACCGCCGGAAAAUUCUUCAAUGAUGAAGAGGCAGACAAAGGUUUACAAACAUCACAAGAUGCCCGUUUCUAUGGAUUGUCCACAAAAUUCACGCCGUUCAGCAACAAGGACAAGCCCCUCGUCAUCCAGUUCAGCGUGAAGCACGAACAGAACAUCGAUUGCGGCGGCGGCUACUUGAAAGUCUUCGAUUGCAGUCUGGAACCGAAAGAAUUGCACGGAGAUUCGCCCUAUUUGGUCAUGUUUGGUCCCGAUAUUUGCGGCCCAGGCACGAAAAAGGUUCAUGUGAUCUUCAGCUACAAAGGCAAGAACCAUCUCAUCAACAAGGAAAUCCGUUGCAAGGAUGACGUCUUCACCCAUUUCUACACAUUGAUUGUGCGUCCCGAUAACACGUACGAAGUCCUCAUCGACAACAGCAAAGUCGAGUCGGGCAGCUUGGAGGAAGAUUGGGAUAUGUUGCCACCCAAAAAAAUUAAGGAUCCCGCCGCGACAAAACCUGAAGAUUGGGAUGAACGUGCCACGAUCCCAGAUCCCGAUGACACCAAACCCGAAGAUUGGGACAAACCAGAGCACAUUCCGGAUCCCGAUGCCGUGAAGCCCGAAGAUUGGGACGAUGAGAUGGAUGGCGAAUGGGAACCCCCCAUGGUCGACAAUCCCGACUUCAAAGGCGAAUGGAAGCCAAAACAGAUCGAUAACCCCAACUACAAGGGAGUUUGGAAGCAUCCCGAAAUCGACAAUCCCGAAUAUCAAGAAGACAAAAAUCUUUAUUUGCGCGAAGAAGUUUGCGCUGUCGGCUUGGAUUUGUGGCAAGUCAAGAGCGGCACGAUUUUCGACAAUUUCCUCUUCACCGACGACGUCGAAUACGCCAAGAAACAAGCUGAAGGCGUCACGAAAACGCAAGAAGGCGAGAAAAAAGUGAAAGAUGCCCAAGAUGAAGCUGAACGCAAGGCAGCUGAAGCCGAGGAGAAGAAAGACGAAGACAACGAAGAUAAGGACGACGAGGAAGAUGGCGACGCUGAAGCAGUUGACACAGAACACGACGAACUAUAAAUUCUUUUUUUUUACCGGAAACGCAUUUUUUCACACAAAAA